AUGGAGGCAGAUCCCCUGUGUAGUUGCGGAAGAGGGAAGGACGUCGAAGGGAUGCAUAAAGUAGGACUAUGGAAGACAUUCGCACCAUACGUCACCCGGGUUGCGCUUUCGCCAUUGUUCGCAGUGUCUUAUCUUGAGACUGUGGGUCGGGAUCCGGACGCUCGCAAGUGUCGGGUAUGCAGAGGGAAAGGGAAACCGAGGAUCAAAGAAUGCGCGGGGUGCCAGAAGGUGCGAUAUUGUUCCCCAGAGUGUCAGAAGAAGGACUGGAAGGCACAUAAGCCGAAGUGCAAGCCUUAAUGGGGGGACCGAGUUUUCGAGCUUGACAAAGCGUUUAUCACAAAUGUGUACUAGUAGCGCACGAAUUAUUGUAC